CUGACUGGCCCACGUGAGUGAGGUUCGUCAGGACCGACCCAGCCUUGUCCCCUCUAUGCCUCUAUGCCGUGGCCGUGCCCAUUGUAGUGCCGAGGAAGACAUUCCGGGUCGUUGUUGACUCAGCCCGGGUGGCUGGGUCUUGACCCGAGAGCCGUGAGCAUGUCAGCCCGCGCCUCGUCCGUCUCGUCGUCGUCCUCGCCGCGCAGUUCGCGCCGGUCCUCGCGUCAACGCCAGCCGCACAGCCAUCCCACCGAAGCCCACCUCAAUUUGGUCAAGGCCGGGGCCGCCAAGUUAAGUGCAGCCGUGGGCCACGAAACCGGCCCCCACCGAGCGGCGGCUUCCCCGCCGGCCGGUCGAGCCACCCGGGCUACCGGCGGUGGGGCUUCGACCAUCCCACGGGUCCAUCACAGCGAAGAAGAAGAAGAAGUCCUCAGUGCUUCGUCGGAUGAAGACGAAGCUGAGGAGGAAGAGGCGGAAAACGCCGAUCAGCUUGAUGAGGCCAGUGAUGCCACCGAUCCGGCCGCUCGCCGAGGCCGACAGCGCGAAGGACGGGCUCGCACCACGCGCAGCGGAGUCGCCCCACCUAGCCCGCAGAUUGAUCGUGUUCUCAAAGAACGACGAACGAGCCGCUCGCCGGCUUCCUCCGUGUCUUCGGUCACGUCCACGUCGCGUCCCGUGGUUAAUGGCCGCCGCACUUCGUCGCGCGUGCCGGGCGGUACUGGAACGCUCGAAGACGAGUCCACGCCCGCCAGCCGUACCAGUAGUCGCGCCAAUUCUUGGGUCGAAGUCUCGGACGACAGUGUAGACGAGGCCGAAGACAUGAUGGACCUGCCCGGCAUUUCGUCUAAACGACGCCUCAAAUGCCGAUUGUGCGGAGCUUUAGCCGCCAAUCGCGCGCGCUUAAAGAAACACGCAUUGGUCAAACACUUUCGUCCCGACAUCAGUGCCGAAUUGCCUCAGGCUCGGCCUUUUCGAUGUCCCGACUCGCGCUGCCAAUAUGAGGCUCUGACCGCCUUGCUCUUACAGCGGCACUAUGAGACCGAGCACGACGUGAUCGAGAAGUUCAUGCCUCAAGUCGAGUCCUCAAUCGACCAUGUCAGCCCAUCGCCCGUCUGUCUAGGCUUAUCUAAUGGCACUAACGGUCAUCCGUCAUCCCCCGAGACGACCGACCUAGUUGAGGGGGAAAUGCCGGAUCCUGUUACUCGAGUGCCGGCUCUGGAAGAGGACCGGCCUCCAUCCGAAGGGCCCACUUCUCCGCCCGUGAAUGUGUCUUCCCAACCCGAUUCCGUGUCGGAAGAAAGAAGACCUGAUGAAGCCGUGACGCCUCCGUCUAAGCCGUGUGAAAAGACGAUCGACAUGAAGGCGGAGCCCUUGGCCUUACAUUUGAGUGAGUCGGAUCAUGAAAAGUUGCCGCUCUCCUUGGAUGAAUUCAAGAGUCAAGUCCAAAAUAAGCUCCAGACUUUGGCCGGCUCUUGUGCCAAGGUCUUGAACGAGUGUUCGAUUCAAUGUGUUUGUGGGCAAACACUUCUUUUGCCUACUCCCUUGCACUGGCAGUACCUGAUUCAAAAGCAUGGCAAGGAGAAGGGUGAAAGCCCGGUGGGUUCGGGACAUUGGUUCACUUGUAAUACAGUGCGCCAAGAAGGGUCUCUAUUAACACAUCAAGAUGAGCCCGGAAAUGCCUUGGCAGCCAAGUUGACCAAAAAAAGUGAUCCUCCGGACCAGGAAAAACGCCGCAGCAAACGAAUGCUAGAACGCGACCUCGAAGAACCAGCCUUGAAAAGACUUCGAGAUCAAUCGAGCGACGAGGAUGAGGAUGACGAAAGUGAUGAUGAGGACGACCAAUACUCCGUUGCCGAAAAAGCUAAACCUGUCGUGCCUGAGCUCAACCUGGAUCAACAUAUCAGAGAUUUGAUGGCUACCCGUGUUCCGGGGGAUAUUUUCCUCCAAGACGGGCCGUGCUUCCAAAUGGCCUUCGAUCUUCCCAUGUGUCAUAUGUGUAAAACGAUGCCUUCUUCCGAGCGCAGAGCCCUUCUAACCCAAGGGAAUUUUGCCGAUGAGACUUGUGACAUCAGUUGCUGUUUCUAUGCAUUCCGAAAGCUCCGGUGUAGUAAAGGAGGACAGAUUUGUGUGGCUGGUUACCUGGAUCCUCACAAAGACCCGAAACCGGCGGACGUGGCCCUCUGGAGUGUCACCCCUCAUAAAAAGCCUGACAUUCCAAUUGAAAAGGUCAAGUAUAUCCUAGGCCUCAUUGGUGACCAGUUUUGUGACAUGGUCCAACAAGAACGCAAAUGUCUAUCCCUGAAUAUGUCCGAUAACAAGGCCAUUGUAUGGAAGCCGGCGGUUAAAGGUGUACGUGAGAUGUGUGAUGUUUGCAAAACCACAUUGUUCAACUUCCAUUGGACGUGCGGGCGAUGUGGAAUAUUUAUUUGUCUCGACUGUUACCAAUUCCGAAAAACGGGCUUAGUAAACGAGCACUUAGACUGCAAGAGUGAUGAAACCGACGACUACGACUGGCCCUUGUGCAAUAAUAGGGAGCCUCAUUGCGUGGAGAGGUUGGUCAUGGCUCAGAUCAUACCUCAAACGUGUCUACUAGAUCUUUCAAAGCUCCUGCACAAUGCCCGGGAGAAGUGGAAAAUCACCCAGUUCUGCCAUAGCUCUGAUGAAUUUGCUGAACUCUUCAGUGACGACGGGUUCAGGAAUUUUGGGGACCGCAACAGUAUUAAAAGAGCCUCCAAACUUUUUCCAUGUCCGUUUUGCGAAGAUGUCACAUUCAAAUGGCAAUCUGAGUUGUUCAAGCAUUGUGUGUUUGUUCACUUCAAAGAUCGUAUUUGGGCCGAAUUACCCGGUCCAACUGAGUAUCCGGCCAAGUGUGCGAAGUGUGAAUACGUUGGGCGAAACCGAAGUGCGUUAUCGUUGCAUACCGGUCUCACGCAUCGGGUGGUCGUUGCUUGCAUAGAAGAGGGGGUGAAAAAUCCCGAUUUCCUCAUGAAACGCCCACCGCCUCCUUCGGUCCGUGCUUUAUCCGUAAUCAAGCCAUUCAAGUGCCCUAUCUGCCCUCUGUCUAUGUCUACUUCCAUGAAAGACUACCAUCUUUGUAGUCACUUCCAAGACCUACUCCAAAAAGAGCUUCCAACUCAAGUACCUUUUGCGUGCCCCAAGUGUAGGUACGUCGCUUUGGAUGCGGCUGCUCUGUUACAUCACUUUGGGGUGACCCACAAAUAUGUUCAAAAACACUACAAACAGUAUUUAGAGACCAAUGGGCAAGAAGACGAAUCGGGUGAGAUUGAAUUCCAGGAAAUAGAAAAUCACGACUCAGGACUCCCAAAGGCUGUUGAUGCGGAUUGCCGAUUGUGCGAGACCUUACCUGUGAUGAGGAAUGCCAAUGAGUUGUACAAACAUAUAUCCGAGAUUCACUUCAACGAGACCUUAAUCAAGGAGGCUCCAGACCCGAGUGGCGAGGAUAAAGUGAUCAAGUGCAAUAAGGACCAAUGUGACUUUACCGCCGUGGCCAAAGUAUCUUUGCUCAUUCAUUUGGGUGUUCAGCACAGACUAGCCGUCAAGUUAUAUUAUGAGGUGUUAGGGAUUUCUAGUGAUUGGCAGAAAGUCGAAGUUCUUUCGUGUCCCAGAAGAAACUCCAUCACUUCUUCCCAGGACUCUAAACCGAUAUGCCACCUAUGCAAGGAAGUCGUCAGUUGUGAUCAGUUGAUUUUCCAUCUGGCAAAUACUCAUUUCCAAGACAAGACCGCUCAAUUGUCACAAGAGGCCCCUUUUGGAUGUCCCAUGUGUCCGCACUUCGCCGAGACCUACCACAAGCUCUUGGAGCAUUUCGGAAACUAUCAUAAGGUGUUCAGCCAAGAAGGGAAUGGAGAGCCGGAGAUCAAAGUUGAAGUUAAAGCCGAGGUGAUCAAUCCCGCUCACUCAGAAACGGCUAAUUCACACGACGCUUUGAAACAAGAAUUUCCUGAAGAUCAAUCGUUGAUGAGAGAUGAAGCUUCUGGAGGAAGUUUAGGCGCUGACGAUAGCUCUGAAAAUGGAAUCAAGAAAGGCGGUGAAGAGAUACGGUGUCUUAUGUGCGAUGAUUGCAAAGUAGUAGGAUCUUUUAAUGGAGACCUUAUGAAACAUCUUAUAGACACUCACUUCCGUGACCGAUUGUUCAAAUCUGUGAGUUUGGGACAGAAUGACGGCAGCAAGCGAUACUUUUGCCCGAUAUGUCCUUAUGACCAUCAAUACCGUUACUCAGUGGCUCGUCAUUAUGGGUCCAAGCACAAAAUGGUCAAGAUUUGGUACAACGAGAUCAUCGGAUUCAAAGAACCAGAGCCCCCUCCACCAGUAUCGGUGACGGCGAAGCGCCCACCGAGCAAAACUCAACCAACUCCUGGCCCCUCCUCGUACAACCAUGUGCCUUCUCAAACGAGAUACCAUCCAUAUUCAAUGCAAGAAGAAGGCUUUGGCAAUGGACCAACCCAUCUUUCUCCUCAUCCCUCUUAUGCAACUCAUCCCGGUAGUAACAACUCUCAGCAGCCAUCAUCUCAUUCAGCGAAUCUCAAUCCUUCAAUGCAAGCAACUCAAUCCGCAGUGAGCCAGCAUCUGAAGGCCUCGAAGUCGACCACUCCGCAACAUGUUCCUCAAUAUGAGCAACAGCAACAACAACAAGCUUACGGCGGUUACAAUCAGACCGCCACCCAGUCACAAAUCUCCGCAUAUCCUCAACAAUCAGCUCACCAGCAGGGUGUGAACAACUUUGCGCAGCAGCAACAACAACCACCUCAACUCCAACAACAGCAUCAGCAAUAUCAGCAACAAAAUGUGCCGACCUUUGUUUGCAAGAUCUGCUCUCACAACUCGAAAGAUAGACAGGACUAUCUUCAUCAUUUAGCCCUUAGCCAUUACAUUCAAAAACUCUUGGCCCAGGUGGUUCCCGUGGGCCCCCCAUUCAAAUGCCCUCAUCCUGGUUGUCCGACUCAGACAAGUGACAAAAUGAGCAUGGCCAUGCACUAUGGAGUAUUCCACCAAAUAGUUCUUUAUUACCUUAACGAAGAGGCUCCUCGACCCCCUCUAGCCGCAAAUACUCGCCCUCCCUUGGCGGAUGGUCAACCUUCCAAUGUAGAAGAAAGCCAAUCGCUUGGGAAUCAACCUCCGGUACCUCCUCAGUCUGGAUCCUCUCCUGGACUUCCAGGAACUGUCUACCCGCCUCCUGCGUCUGCUCAUCCUUUGUCUGCUAGACCUUCUCUAGGAGAUCAGAAUCAACACCCACCACCUACUGCUCCCUCAGCCCGCAAAACACCUGCCGCUAAAUCCAAAUCAGUGACCACGUCAUCGAGUGCCCCACAAUCGAAUAAAGGAGGACCUCCUGCCAAAAAAGCUCGGGUGAUUGGUGCCCACAUGCCGCCUUACAAAGCAAUGAGCGAAGACAAGAAAUUCCCCAAGUGUAAACUGUGCAGCUAUCGAUAUUUCACUCGGUUGGAUUUGUGCCGCCAUUUUGUUGACAACCAUCUUCGUGUUGGGUUAGUCAACGCCGUUCCUCAAGGUCUAACCUCUUGUCCCGCUUGUAGAAGUACCUACGACAAACGUCAAACUCUCAUAAGGCACUUCAUUUGGAGCCACCAGGAUCUGGAAAAGAUGGUCAUGACCGAGACGGGCUUGAAGUUGUCCGAAUUUGUUCCCACAUCUCGAGAUUUGGAUAUAAUGAAGAUGCGGUCAGAGCAAAGACAAGGGGGAACUGGGACCGAGACCAAGGCUGAAUUCAAGGAUCUCUCCGACCUUUCAUUGCUACCUGUCAAUCUUCAAGUGGACACCAAAUGCACCAUUCCGACUUGUGAGCUUUGCGGCGAAGAAUUCACCACCAGCGUGAAUAAAGUCCGUGACAAGGGCGUCCAUUUGCUCAGUCAUUUCCGAGAACAAGUGCUUCAACUACUUCCUGCCUCAGCCCCAUAUAUCUGUCCGGAUUGUCCGUACAAAGGACGUGAUGUGAUGGAUUUGUGUCGGCAUUAUGGCCUCUCUCAUAAGUAUGUGUUCACGUUAAUGCAAAAGGAAUUGGGAGAAGCCUGGACAAUUGAUGAAGUGGAAAAGCAAGAGUGUAAAAUCUGUAAGAAGGUGUUUAUGAACGGACGAGCGCUGAACGAUCACUAUUGUGAUGAUCAUUAUUAUGCAUCAAUCUCUGCUGGUCUGUCCCGAGAUCCACCUUUCAAAUGCCAGAAAUGUAGUUCUGAGAGCAAAACAUUUGCAGCUCUAGUGAGACAUUACGGUUCCAAGCAUAAAAUGGUCAAGGACCUCAUGGCCAAGCUCAACCCGGAGCUGCAAUCGCCCAAAAAGAAAAAGCCUCAGCCGAAGAGGUCUAAAUCGAAGCCGCCCACUCCAACCAAGGCUAAAGCUCCCCUGCCGACAGGUUCCGGACAAUUGCCCACGAACUGUUUACCUCAACAUCCAUUGCCUCUGCAGGUUGCAAAACCUCUCUUGCCCUCGCAACCAAUUCCUGGCCAGGUCAGUCAACAACUCAAUCAACAUGCUUAUGCCCAAGGACAACAGCAACAUCCGGCAUACCCCCUUCAUCAUAAUGGAAGCAACGCAACCGGACAUUAUCCACCCCAAAGUCACCCAUACCCGGGUCAAGUCCAAGCUAAUCAGCAACAACAACAACAACAACAGCAGCAGCGUUUUCAUCACAUGCAAAAUGCCCAACAACACACUCGCCCGACUGGACCCCCUUUUGGGAGUCAGAUUCCUUCUCUUUAUCCACAAUCUCCGCAUUCCGAGCAUCAGUACCCAAAUCAGCCUACAUCACAACGACCACCUCCAAAUCAAGGUCCUUCUUAUCCACAAAUAAACCAGUCUGAACCUCUGCCUAAUUGUAUUGGCCAAGGUCCAGUUUCCGGGGCGUCUUCAAAUAUGAAUAACGCCUCGGACGGAGCCUCAUCGACGUCCACUUCUGCAAGUAAAGCCAAGGGGAAAAAAGUGGAUAACAAUUCAAAUGCAUCACCAAUCGCCUGUCCAAACUGCAAUCAUACAUUCUUGAACGCGACACAUUUCAUCCGUCAUGCAAGUGAUAAACAUUUCGGAGAGCAAAUGAAGCUGGAGCUUCCGAGUUUUCCUCCUUUCAAGUGCCCCGCUUGUCAAACCUUUGAGGGAAAGGACCUAAAAAUGUUGGUUCGUCAUUACGGCUUGACCCACAACAUUGUGGUGCGCAUGCUCAACGAGAACAUCGGAAGACAUAAUUGUUAUGACGAGUCGAUCUUGAAGCAAUACGAGACCUCGGAGUCCAAUCGAGAGUCAUGCCCCCUUUGCAAGAAUCAUUUCUCCGGGCGAUACAUGCUGCUUCGACAUUUGGCAGAUUGUCAUUACCGUGAACGUUUGUGUGAAGGCAUACCUUCGGGUGCAGAUUUAUACAAGUGUCCAGCAUGCACCCAUGAAUCCAAGGACAAAGGUGGGUUUGUGAGACACUACGGAUUGGUCCAUAAAAUGGUCCAAAAGUUCUUGAGUGAAGAAGGCGUGGUUUUGGAAGAACCGAUGAAGAAAGCCCCAGUCUCGUUGAAGGGCACUCCAUCUCAGACACCUACUCCAGAUAUGGAUCACUCCGUGAGCAACGAUGGUUAUCAUUUUUCGGGUCAAAAUGUCCCUGGCAAUGGCUCGGCGUACAACUCACCUUUGGAAGUGAACGUCAAUCAGCCUCACUCCAUCGGGUCCAUGCACUACAGUCAGCCUGGAAGUGCAUCGCAAUCGCCUCAUCAGGGUCAGAUGAUGAGUCCGUCCUUAAGAUCUCUGUCAAGAUCAAGCUUGGAGCAAACUGCCUAUGGGCCACCUCAAGCUUUUUACAGUCAAGGUUCUGAUGGCAUGGUCACAAGCCCUUUCUCUUCUCAAGGGUCACAACAGCCAACUCCGAACAUGGAUAUUAAAUCUCCUACAUACGUCAACCAACAACCCAUGUCUGUGCCCCCUAGGACCCCUCAAACACCUGGAUCUCAGGGUGCUGGAACACCCCAACCUCCAAUGACUCCUCAGGAUAGGCCCAUGUCUACGCAUAGCUCUUCAUUUUCAACAGGUAUGGUCAGUCCUGGUCCAAACCAUCAGUAUUCAGGCAUGCCUCAACCCCUUGAUCCAAGCCAAGGUGGAUAUCCACCCCAAUCGCAAGGAUACACACCGUCAGCUCAGAGUCCUUAUCCCCUUCAACGACCUGUGAUUCUUCAACCCCAGCCACAACAGCAUCAUAUUCCACCUUUACAGCGGCCUUCAGCAUCCACUCAUAACCCAUCACAGCCACAAGCUGCACCUCAACCACCGGCAACCCCCAAAAAUAAGGCAUCAGUGGGAGCUCCGGCUCCAGAUCCAUUUAUAGAAGCGCCAGAGCCUGGCAUGGAAAGGCCUUAUUUGAUCAAGUGUCUGACCUGUCAAAACAUGGCCAAGAACAAGAGUGAUUUUUUCCGACACAUGUCGGAGAGGCACUACAAGGUUCAACUUGCGGCUGAACUCCCGUCAGAACCUCCAUGGAAGUGUCCAGUGGGAGGAUGCUCCUAUGAAACCAAUGACAAACACAUCAGUCCUUUGGUGAAACAUUAUGGCAUCGUCCACAAAAUGGUUCAAAAACAUCUCACUGGGAUUGUGGGCAAGUACGUGCCCAGCAAUUGGAAAGACUCUGCCAAAGCCCAAGGUAUGAGCAAUGCUGUGGCAUCCAAUCCACCAUCGCAACCGACAGUUCAGCAACCGCUUUCCCAACAGCCGUCGUCAUUCAAUUAUCAGCCAGAUUCACAAACUUUUCCCCAAGCCCCUCUUCAGCAGCAGCCGCAGCCGCAGUUGCAAACUACAACAAACGCUCCAGGCCAUGACACUAAUUCGUCUCUGACAAUGUCCAAUCAAGCAUUGAAGGUGAAAUGUCCCUUUUGCGACAUGAUGUUUUCUGCUAAGUACACCUUUCACCAACAUCUCUGCGACAAACACUUCAAGGACUCCCUGGCCGCAAAGAUCCCAUCCCACGCUCCCUGGAAAUGCCCAUCUUGUGACUACAUUGCAAAGGAUAGCAAGCAGUCCUUGGUUCGGCAUUACGGAAUGACUCACAAGGUCGUUCUUGAGCUGUUAAAACAGGCUUUACCAGGAUACUCUGUGGAUGAACACUUCAAGCAAGAGGCUCAUCAGCAUCAGCAACGCCAGCAGUCGGCUCAAGCUAUUUCUAGACAACCAGCGCAGAUUCAUGCACCUCCGGCACAACAUUUUUCGCAUACAACCCAGCAACAAAAGCAGCAACAACAUCAGCGUCCUACCCAACCUCUUCAACCUCCACCCCAGCCCCAUCAUCCUCAGGCUCAGCAAUUGCAGUCACAGCGAUUACAGCCUCCACAAAUACAAGCUCCACAAAUACAGGCUCCUCACUCCCAGCCCCAGCAAUUGCAACCUCCUCACUCCCACUCUCAAUCUCGCCCCAGUCAGACUCAUUCUCACCUUUCUCAACCUCAUCACCUUCCACCCCACCAUCCGCCAUCCCACCAUCCUCAAACUAAUCCUCAAACUAAUCCUCAAACUAAUCCUCCUCAGCCUAAUCAUCCUCAACCUAAUCAUAUGCCGCCCCAUCAGCCACAACCGCAUCAUCCACAAACCCAUCACCCACAACCACAUCAUCCGCAAUCACAUCAUCCACAAACUCAUCAUCCACAACCACAUCAUCCGCAACCCCAUCAUCCACAACCCCAUCACCCACAACCCCAUCACCCACAACCCCAUCAUCCUCAACCCCAUCAUCCUCAACCCCAUCAUCCUCAACCCCAUCAUCCUCAACCCCAUCACCCUCAUCAAGCUCAACUGCAACCUCACCAAUCUCUUCAUCAGAUGCCCCUUGAAGCGCACCAUCAAGCAGGACAUCAAGUGCCUCAUCAAUUGAUUCACCAAGUAUCACAUCAAGUACCACAUCAAUCGCCACAACCAGUGCAACAUCAAACUCCUCACCAAACCCCUCAACAAGCGCCUCGUCAAGCUCAUCCUCCUCAACACGCACAUCAUCAAGUGCAUCAUCCACCGCAGCAUGUUCACCAACAGCAACAACAACAACCACCACAACCGCAACAACAAGCGCAGGCGGCAGCACAUCCAGUGCCCAUAAUGCACGGAGGACAGACCAACUAUUACCAAGACACCCGACAACAUCAGCAAGUCCCUCCUCCUACUCAUCCACAUCCUCAUCACCUUCAAGCUCAGCAUUAUCAAAUGCCACCAGCAAACACUUUGGACCACCAGACUGGGGCCCAUGCGCCUCCUCCCGGAGCCCUACCCUCGAUGAACAGUUUUUAUCAUCAUAGCGGAGAGUAUCAGCAGCACCAAGCUUCUACUCCCGUUGUUCAUCACGAUCCUCACCAUUACCAUCAUGGAGAUCUUAGAUUUGAUCACCAAAUGGAUGGAACGUAUGAUCCCAGUCUGGCGAGCGAGCACUCGCUGGAAGACAUUAGAUCAUUACCCACCACACCAGCCAAAAGCGAAUCCGCCCUGUCAUUCGUCUCGGAUACACCCACCUUGCAAGUGGUCAGUGCCGUGGCCACCGCUGUUCAAUCGUCAGUCCAAGGAAACGACCAAGAGGCUAGCAAGACCAAAGCCCCUAACAGGAUUUGUGAAAUAUGUGGAAAAGUGUUUGAAGGAAAGAACCGAGCCGUGUUACGGGUUCAACAUUUGUCUCUACACUUCAAAGAUCAAUUGCUCGAGAAUCUGACUGCUACCAAAGCUCCAUAUAAGUGUCCCAUGGAUGGUUGUGGCUACUCCACCAAGCACAAACCGGAUUGGGCCCGCCACUAUGGAUCCGUUCAUAAGUUCUUAGACAAGUACAUCAAUCAAUAUUUCGACGAGAACCCUGAAGCUGUCAGGUACAAUCUUCCAUCGAAAGAGAAUUUGCCAUCAACAUCGGGGACGACGGAUAAUGUAUCCUCCUCGUUAAAAGCGCCCAUUCCGAACAUGAACGAAAUCUUCUCGACAGCCCUGAGUCAACAGAACCUCACCGAAAGGGAUUUGUUGCCAUUAUCUGUGCAAGACGAGCCGCAGUUUGACCUCCUAGAUCCAAUCCUGACAGAUACCGUCAAAGAGGAGCCAUUCGCUGAUCUCGAUAUCAACGAUUUGAAUGUCAGUCUUUCUCAACCCCAUCUGGAUUUGAUCAAAGACAUCAAACUCGAGGGCAAUGACUUGACCUUGCUAUCCUCAGCAGAUUUGGACGCAACUCUGACUAUUCCACCUUCGAAUGAUCAUGCAACAAUGUCUCAGCUCACUCCAGGCCCUCGAGCAGUCAACGAUGUCCAUCUAGAGAAAGGCAAGAAUCCUGGUCGGCCUUGUGAGUUGUGUGGAUUCACUCCAAAGACCAAGAAUAAGACACGUGAGCGCUUCGAUCACUUGGCUAAGGUUCAUUUCAGACAAGAGAUCGAAUCGGAUCUAGCCACAAAGGAUAAGAAUAAAUGUCCGAUUUGUCCAUUCACCAGCAAAGAUCGGCAAACCAUUUAUCGCCACUACAUUGGCACUCAUCGCAUCAUCGAAAAGUACCUGUACCUUUCCCUGCAAAAGAGCGAGUCAAGGCUGCCAGUGUCCAACGAUAUGUCAAACACCACCUUUUAUGGAGAUCUGGAUGUAAAUUCUCAUGAUGGUAUCAAGUUGGAACCUAUUAUGCAAGUUGAUGGGACUGAUGACUUUCUGGAGUUUGAUGAAGACGAAGGAGAGGACGAUCUCUCACAAUUGGACGGAAGUAACGAUGAUGAGGACUACCAUUGUGGGAAAAUGCUUCUUGAUGUGAACUGUCCUUUGUGUGGGAAAGAGACCCGAAAUCACAAGACCUAUCAUCUAGCCACAAAUCACUUUAAAGAUAAGUUACGUACCAUCCUACCCAAUGAGCGUCCUUUCCGAUGCAAUCGAUGCAGCUACGAAGCCAAGACUAAAAUCAACAUGUGGACCCAUUUCAUGGGUAAACAUCGGUUCACGAAAAUGUGGAUUGACGAAGCCUUAGCUCAUCAGCGAGGCGACAGUCCGACUUCUGAAACACUGGUUCCAAUUGCGAUCGUGCCAUCCCACGUUCUCUCCGACAAUCCACCAGCCAUGGUCUCGCCCGUUCUUCCUGGGUUUGAGCCCAAGGACGAUAUGCAACUCGAAAAUCGGGUAACUCUGGCUCAAGAUCAUGAAAAUGGUAGCCAAUCUGAUACUUUAGUCCCUCCGAAUAUCGAUAUCGACGGUGACGUUAAGCUUGAGGCAGAUGCCUCUGAUUUGAAGCACGAAACGAUGUUGAGUGACGUUAAGAAUGAGCUCAUGAGCGAUGCGAGUAAUAUGUCCGAUAACUCUUAUACGGAUUCCAUCCAAGAGAGCAAAAUUGGAACUCCCACCACUCCCGUGACGGGAGCUGCCACAACGAGCACACCCGGAAAAUCAAGUACUCCAAGAAAGUACGGCAUCGACUCGGCUCUGCAGUCAGUGCGGAUGAGAAGUGAUUUCUGGUGUGAUUUGUGUCAGGAAGUCAUGACCCAGACAGGGAAAGCCUUACAUUUCGCCGUCACCCAUUUCGAAGAUAAGCUAAAGGAGAUCCUACCGACGAGGAAGAUCAAGAGACAACAACGGUUGAACAAGGUUUUGGACAAAAACUAAGGGGUUGCUUAGGUGAUCUCCCGUCCCUUGUCUCGAGCAUGGACACGAACAAGCGAAAGAAACGAACCAAACGCCGUACCAAGCGGUUCAAAAACUUCCAAGAAGUAAUUGCCUUACAUCCCAACCCGGACUAUGAAUAUGAUCAUAUCAUUGGUGACAUCAUUCGUCGCUCGAGAGAACCGAUCCCAGCCCGAAUAAUGACCAUGCAAACUAGCUCUCAUCGUCACCCGGAAGUGCCACAUUUUUGGCUCUGUGAUGGCCGAUUGUUGGUUUUAACGGACCCCUCCAAUCAAUCCAAUGUGAACAUCUUCAAGGAACAAUGGAUCCGAGGUCAACCCGUAGUUGUCAGCAAUGUAUCAAAAAAACUGGACAUCGAGAACUUGUGGAGUCCUGAGGCAUUCCGCGUUCAAUUUGGCCAUAUCAAGCACGAUAUCGUUAACACUUUCUCCGGAAAAUCCAUCCCGAAGGUGUCCCUGCAAAAUUUCUGGGACGGAUUUGAGUAUCUCGAACAACGAUUGAAAGAUACCGAAGGUCGGCCUAUGCUGCUCAAGUUGAAAGAUUGGCCUCCGGACAACGAUUUCGCUGCUUAUCUACCUGACCGAUUCCACGAUCUCAUGAAGUGGAUCCCUCUGCAAGAUUAUACGCGCAGAGAAGGCCGCCUCAAUUUGGCUAGUUGUAUUCCAGACUUCUUUGUGCGACCAGACUUGGGCCCGAAGAUGUACAUAGCUUAUGGCAAUGCCCUCUUCCCGCAAACGGGAACCACGAAUCUGCACAUUGACAUGUCGGAUGCAUGUAAUCUCAUGGUCUACGUGGGUAUCCCUCGAGAUGGAAACCACCAAGACCAUAUCAAUCUCGGCCUCAAAGCUGUAGAUGAAUCGGAUUGUGAUGCCGCCACGAAAGACCGAGUGCGCGAGGGAGGAACCUUGGUUGGCGCCAUCUGGCACAUUUAUCACCCUCGGGAUGCCGAUAAGAUCCGAGAUAUGCUUAACAAAGUGGCCAUCGAGAAACGUCAAAGAAUUGAGCCCAACACCGACCCAAUUCAUGACCAAUCCAUAUAUCUGGACGGGAAACUUCGCAAACGACUCUACGAAGAGUACGGUGUUGUUGGUUAUGCUUACCCGCAAUGUGAAGGCGAUACAAUCUUCAUCCCCGCCGGAGCCCCUCAUCAGGUUCGUAAUGUUCACAAUUGCAUCAAAGUGGCCGAGGACUUUGUCACCCCUGAGAACUUAGACUGGUGCUUCUAUCAAACCGAGGAAUUCCGUCAUCUCAGUGACACGCAUACGAACCACGAGGACAAGUUGCAGAUCAAGAACAUCUUGUAUCACGCCGUUAAGGACUGCCUUUCAGUUUUGGUUGCCCACGAAAUGGAGGAGGAGGAGCAAGGAAAGAACAAAGACUUGGAGGAAGAUCUUGGAAAGACGAAAACAGAAGAGCCCGGAACAAGAAAAGACGAAACAGGAGAAAAGUCAAACGAUAUCGAAAUCAUUGCAAAAGAGAAAAAUAAUCCUGAUUCUCCUGCCAAAGAUGGGGUUGAAAACCCUCCCAGCGCCAAAGAGCCCGUUGAAUCAUCUCAAACCGUAGACACUGAAUUAAAAGUUGAGAUCAAAGACGAAUUGAUAGACGAGUCGUUCCCCAUGGAAAUGGACACCAAUGGUCUGUCACUCUCUGAUUCCCAAAAAAUCUCUUCGCUCGAGGAAGGGAAGGAACAAACCGCAAACAAGUCCGAACCAGAGAAUGUCGAAGAAAGAACAGAUGAAAUUGCCGAAAUUGAAGAGGUGAAAUCAGAACCCAUCCAAUGAACUAGAACCAAUCAAAUCCAUUUGUACUCCUGCCCACUCACCCCCCACCCCCCACCCCCCAUGAAAUUGUAAAAUAGAUCUGUUAUCACUUCCAUUCGCCGAAAAACCAAAUCGAGGUAAGAGAGCAAGUGAAAUGGAUCCCACAGUCUCAACAAACCAAGGUGCUGAUGACUCCACCCCUGGGCUCAAAAUUUGAGUUUGUGUUGAUGAGCAGACUCGACUCAUCAUUCCCCCUUUUCCCUGCAUCACCCAUUUCCCGCGUUCCAGGAACCAAUUGCCAUCGCCAUACGUUUCGCCUUAUUUGAUAUUUUUUACCAGAGCCUGCGGAUGGAAACAAAAAAGUUUAAAGUAUAUCAAUCAUACGAAGGAAUUUUAAGAAUGCCUUGAUAAUAAAUAGCCCUUUAAUCUACAACAACAAAA